CAGGCUGAUGGGGGACAGGGGAUUUGUCCCUAUCAAUCCAACCCACGCCCUUGAUAAAGAGUUUGGAAUAAUUACAUUUCUGGGUAGUCUUAUUGUGAAAUUUAUGCGGAAGUUUUAGAGUGGAGUGUUUCUUUAACUUCUUGACACGGAUUCAACUCACGUAAACUAAACGCCGUAAAGUUCAUACAAGGUUUGCAAACCGACAAUAAGCAACAUAAGAAGAAGAAAGUUCAUACAACGGCUUAUAUGACUGUUAAAUUAAGUAUUAUUUUAAACCCGAGUUUACCUAAAAUCUUUAGCGUUUUAAAUUAUCUUAGCUUAGUCGUUAGUUUAGCUUCCUCGACGUUAAGAAGUUAGCUGAUUGACACAGCGGAAUCCAACAUGGAGGACAUGUACAUUAAACCGGAAAAGACAGUUUGAAGAAGAAGGUUAACAGCCUGAACACCAGCCUGUCUUCUGACAGACCAGCUGCUUGAGGUCGAUGUUGUGCUGUGGACCGCAGUGCAAGGCAGCGGUCCAGAUGUGUCAGAGCUCAGCACCGAUGAGUUUGUAACCAGGAGCGAGGUUGGAAUGACCCCCCUCAGUUCUCGUAUGGCCUUCAGAUGGCCCGCGGACCACAGAGGAACCUCCUGAACAAGAGAGCAGUCCCUCCUGCUUCAGGUGCAGGAGCCCCGCCCCCUAUGCCUCUACCUUCCAACCCUCUGGCCCCACCCCCAUGUGGUGUCACACCACCCACUCCACAUCCAGGUCCUCCACCACCUGGAUACAUGACCACACCCCCUCCCCCUCUAGGACCAAUUAGAAGUCAGGUUGAGGCCAACAGCAGCCAGUCAGAGAGUGAGCCUGCAGUGGAGGGCGUGGUGUUGGUGCUGAGUCGAGCGCUGGCUGCCUGCAGACAAACGGUUAAAGAUCAGGUGUGUAAUGAUGUGGCAAAGAGGCUCCACCUCCUGGAGGACAGCUGGAAGUCAGGAAAACUGAGUCUACCUGUCCAGAGGCGCAUGGACACCCUGGUUCAAGAGUUGCAGGCGGGUCACUGGGACUCAGCUGAUGAGAUUCAUCGCUCUCUUAUGGUUGAUCAUGUGACUGAGGUCAGCCAGUGGAUGGUCGGCGUCAAACGACUCAUCGCUGAGACUCGAAAACUAAGUCCAGAACUUCUAGAACCACUUCAGAAACCUGCAGAACCAGCCCUGGACCCUGUAGAAUCUGUCCAGGACCCAGUCUCCCAGUCCUGACUCCGUUAAUCCUGCAGGAGUCUCUGGCAGGUUUCUCUCCUCUCUUGACAAACUGACUUUUAACCAAAACCAGAGGUCAGAACCCCAGGAGCAGGUAGGAGGCAGUGGGGACAUUUACUGUUCAAAUUGAGACCCUUCAGUUCUGGCCUAGAGUGUGUUUAUACUCUGGACUCCAGUCUUUGAUUUGUGAACUCUAGGCUCUGGGCUGUGGACAUUAAACUCUGGACUUUGGUCUCUAGACUAGGAUCCUGGACUCUGGGCACUCUAGAUUUGGACCCUAAACUCUAGAUUGUACAUCUUAACUCUGGACCUUAGACACUUUGGAUUUUCAUCUUUGAAUACUUGAAUUUUGAAUUGUAGACUCAUUCAGGAUGUGUGACUCUACACUCUGGACUCUGGAUUGCAGAUUCUAAGCACUCUGGACUUCUAGACUUUAAACCCUCGGCACUUUAGACUAUUUCAGAACACCUUAAGCUGUGGACUUUAGAUUCUGGACUCAUGAAUCUAGACUUUAAAGUCUGGGGUCUGAACUCAAAACUUAAAGCUCUGAAUGUUUGACACAGAUCUUUAGUCUGGAUACUGAAAAUUGGGAAUCUAGAUGUAAAACACUAGACUCUGUACUCCAGACACUCUGGACUUUGUGUGACCCUGUUAAUCAUCCUGAACACCAAAUCAGAACUGAACUACCUCUCACUUACCAACCUGUCCUGACCCCAUAUCACUGGACUCUAGACUUUACAUUUUCAAAACAAAAAAAAAAAA